AGCGAGAGCGGAGCGCGCGCGUCAGAGGGCUCAACAGCUGCACAGUGAGGAGGACUCGCCAAGUAGAACAAAUAUGAUACAAAUGCAGACAAUUCAAUAGGUGAGCUGUCCGCAAACAAGUGUUUUUCCCUUUCUGCGUGUGUGAAAAUGAAGAAGCAACUCAUGAAAGACUGCCUCGCUCACCGCUCGCAGUAUCAGUGUCAUUAUUAAUCCGGAAACUCUCAGUUUGGUUCCCAUUAAUCUGGACGGCGUGUAUAGCGCUCCGCCUUCAGAGGACAAUGCCGACUCACUCAUUGUCGCCGUUUGCGGAGAGCCCAGAUGGACUUGCCCAAGAUAUUCUCAUUAGCAACAAUGCAAGCGUCCCAGGGCCGGGCUCGAGCAUGACACCACACACCACGUACUCAGAGAAGGCUGUGUUGCAACCUGGAGGAAGUGUGUCUUGUAUGUUCUGCGAUCAGACUUUUACUCAUCAGGAUGAGCUAGGACCCCACGUGUUAACGCAGCACCCCACCACUUUCUAUGAGCCGGCUGUGCUCAGAGUUGAGGCCGAAUUCAGGAUCCCAGGAGACAGACCCCGGCCCAAAACGAGCGGCCUCCCUAUAGAGAAAGAGGAGGUUCACAGCUGUAUUGUGUGCAGUCAGGUGUCACAAGAUGCCAGUGAGCUGGAGACCCACAUGAGAAAGCACAAGGACUACUUUACGUACUGCUGCAACGUGUGCGGACGCCGGUUUAGGGAGCCGUGGUUCCUCAAGAACCACAUGAGGAUGCACGUAAAACCAGGACCAAAGAGUAAAGCCCAGCAAGACCUGGAGACCCCGGCAACAAUCAAUGGCAUCGUCCAAGACCCUGCUUUAGAGCCCGUGGUCACAGUUUACAAAAUGUGCAUGGUUUGUGGGUUUUUCUUUCCCGAUCAUGACAGUUUGGCUGAACAUAGCAAAGUGCAUAAUCGAGAGGUGGAGGCUGACAAAGAGAAGGAGAAAGUGGAUGAAUCUCCUGACAAACAGGACACAUUUCUUCAGAGUCUAAACCUUAUACCUCGCUCUUCAGGAAAUAGUUUGCAACACGAGAGAUCGUCAAAAUGGAUUCCCCAGCUGGAUCCCUUCAACACAUAUCAGGCCUGGCAGCUCGCUACAAAAGGUAAGAUAGCAGCUGGUCCAAAUAAUAUCAAAGAUCUUGGCCAGGAAGCCAGCACAGACAAUGAAGAAUGCGGCUCUGAUAAGGAGGAGAUGAAUAUUAUUUGGUCUGAAGGACAAUCGGACAAAGCUACAAAAGAGGUCCUCGGGAGAGAGCUUAAGCAGCAGACUGAGGAAAACGCAGCACCGCAGCGGAGGUCUCUAAUGCAAAAAAAUAAGAGCAUAGAAAGGCCAACCACGUGUGAGGACUGUCAGAGAACCUUCAGGACUUACCACCAGUUAGUCCUCCACUCCAGGGUCCACAAGCGGGAGAGAGCUGGUGAGGAGAGUCCAACUUCCUCUGUUGAUGGGAAGUUGUCAAGAGUGGCCUCACUGGAGAAUGCAGAGGAAGGCUGCGAGGAGGGCUUCGAGGAGGCAGAAAACCUGGGUCCAGGUGAAGAUGGUUUUGAUCGAUCAAAAGUCAGAUCAAAAGAAUGCAGCUACUGCGGCAAAUCAUUCAGAUCAAGCUAUUACCUCACAGUUCAUCUGAGAACUCACACAGGUGAAAAGCCGUUCAAGUGUCCCUACUGCGACUACGCUGCAGCCCAGAAGACUUCACUGAAGUAUCACCUGGAUCGGCGUCACAAGGACAAACCCUUCAUGGACAUUUCCAGCAGACCUUUGGUGCCCUAUCCGAAUGACAUAAAACAUGGAAAUGAUGAUGAAAAUCCUGCUCCGAAUAGAUCCAUACUCUGGGUUCCCGGAGCCAGAUUGUGCACCAAUGGAACGCCAGAGGACAGAUUUGACAGCAUAGGUGGCAAGCUUGGCAAGCCACUCGUCCAGAUGAAGGCUGAGUACGAGAAAUUAAUUGCUAAGUCUGCGUACUCGCCGACUGAUGAUGUGAUCGUAAAGUGCCCCGCACCUGUUAACCUGAAGAUGGAAAGGGAGGAGAUAAAAGACGAGAACUCCGAGGCACCAUUAAAUCUGUCCUUAAAAGUGUCCCUCUCCAUCCCUGCCAGUGCAGAACACAGAAACGGAUUAAUUCCACUUGCGUGUUCGUUUUGUGCGUAUAAAACCAUGUACCCAGAGGUUCUCAUCAUGCACAAAAAGCUCUCUCAUAAAGACAAGUCAGACGCUACAAAAAAGAGCGGAUACGGCAGUUUGAAACAGAAACGUCACACAGGCUGCCCCCCUGCGCUCGAAGGGAAAGAUGUCACCCCGCUUCCGAUGAUUGACCGCCGCCACCCUCGUCGAACCAAGUCCCCACCCCCUCAGCCUGCAAAACCACAAGAAAAGACACCUGUUAACCCUCCUCAUGGACCUAAACGCUCUCCUGUCCAUGCACCUGCACAUGAUGCCCCGGAGACGCAGCGUUACACACACAACAGCGACACACAUCCCAGUCAGGAGUCCUCCAGCUACACAGAGCUCAUGAGGAAAUCUAACACGAGCAACAAGUACGCCACGGAGCGACCGGGCCCCCCAGACAGGGUGGGAAUCGGCGAGAGGAGUUACCCAGCGAGAAGUGGCGUCAUCUGGCACUCAGAUGCUGCCAGGCUGUGUCUGUCGAGCCGAUUUGGGAGCCUCCCUCAGAUGGAUUUUGGUGAACCUUCCAGCAAGAGGUUAAAGUAUGCGGUGCCUCCAGGCAGGGAGGCUGACAGCGGUGAGAAGUCUGGCUUCAGAGGACCAGCAGGAAACGUCUCCAACAGGAUGCUGAUCUCAGGGAGAAGUGUGAAAACCACGUCAGGUCCGUCCACAGUUUCUGAGACACUGGGUCCUUUGAAGACGACGUCUGCAGCUAUGGGAGGAGGCCUGAACUCUGACUGGAGCAUGAUGAACCUUCUGCGCUCCUACCCACCCAGUGACCUGGCGUCCCUCUAUCACAGCGCACCACCCAACCCCAGUCAUGGAGGACUGGCCAACCCAAGAGCAGGGGGCAGAACUGUGCUGUACCAACAUUUACCCACUCUGCCCAACCUUCAGAGGAGAGACCCCCCGGGCCCUUUCCCUAAUCAACGCUAUGGAACCACUGACAAAAGUACCUAAAGUGGGUCCAAGGUAAAAAGAUGAAAAAAUAUUCUCAAAAUUGCGACCAAAAUCUUUCAAUCUUUACACGGUACUUAAAAGAAAUGAAUUCCGGUCAUAUUUAAAAAUAUAAAAUUUUCUUUUUCUCUCUAGAUUUGAACUGCUGCUCCUUUAUUUUGGAGACCUUCCUGGAAAAUUUGCUCAGUAUUCAGAUUUAAGAGAGAUGGUUUGUGCUGGAAAAAGCGCCUAGGCUCCCCUAAUUUAAUAUUAUUUUCAAUAGAGGAAAAUUCAGUUCGGACAUUUCAGGGCUGUACAUUUAUUUUCUGUUUUGAAUACACAUCAUCUCUUUAAAGAUGUUAUUCCACUGGUGUGCACUGUGAUAUUUGUGUGAAAACUGUUGCCUAACUUCAAAUUUGACCCACACUAAUAUUCAAAUAUCCGUACAUGUCUAUGACAUAACAGUGAAAUUUGUAUGUGGAGUAACGUAAAAUAAUCUGUAAACUUUUAGUACAUAAAAUAUAUAUAUAGUGAAAACUUGUAAUUUGUUGGAAAAAUUGCUGCUCUGGUUAUUUACUGUUUAUGUCCAGGCAGUAAGUAAGCACUAUUUUUCCCCCCUUUUUCCACGGCACUGAAGGGUGGGGAUUUUGUGUUUGAUAACUUGAUGGCUCCGGCCCAGCGGUCUUCAAACGGGCCACAGUAACGUCCUGCGUACGUAAAGCUGUCUACCUCAUGUUGUGCCCGCGACACUGUUCUUAUUGUAAAGCUGCUGUAGCGAUAAUGUCAGCUGAGCCUUUGUUCCUAUCGACUAGACAGAUGUUUUGGGUUGUAGUAAAAAUAGAUGGACAUGUGUUUGUCGGGCGUCACGGUUGUUUGGAGGCACCACAUAAAAACUCGUCUGCUGAUUUCAGAACUACUGCCGAGGCCACAUCGACCUCGGGCACACGAUUAACUGGUUAGUCCUUUGAUAUUCUUGGUAUUUACAAGCCCAGUUUUAAACACAGAACAUAUUUUGUGGUUAUUUGUCCUUUCGAAACGGCCGUCAUCUGCUUUAGUGGUGCCUCUAAUUCAUUAGCUGUAAAAUGUACCAAAUUUCAUGAGUUCUGUUUGCGCAUUAAACGGUCCUCUGCUGUAUUAUUUGGACUGCGCAUUUAGUCACUUUUCAGGAGUUUGCUUUUACUACGCAGAGUCUUGAAAGUGUCAUUUUGUUUCGAGUGGCGGCAGUCAGUCCCGGCUGCUCAUCAAGUGGUCUUAGAUGUUGUGUGACCGUGUAGUUUGGAAAAAAAAUAAAUAAAUACAGAAGCAGCUACCGGCUCGAUUAAUUACACUGUGAACAGAAAGUCUCAGGUUUAUUCAUUUAUGAGCCGCUUAGCCUUUUGUGUGAUUUAGUAUUUUUGCCACUUUGAAAGGCUCGGGUUAAGUUAUUCUUUUUUUUUUGUUUGGUAUUCACAUUACAUGUGUACUUAUGUAAAAAUGAAAAUAUUGUUUGAGAUUUGUAUGACACAUUUCAAUAAUAAAGUGA